UUGGAAAUGGACAUCACACUUCCUAUGCUCAAAUACAAGAUGGGGAAGGAACCAGUGAGUGGGUUCAAGGCCAUAGAUAAGUACUCAGACUUCAAGUACAUAGCCAGAGUGAAGGAGAUACUCGGGCCUGAGCAGUUUAAGAGAAUCGAGGACUCUUUCUUGGGUCCGGAUGGGCAUUCACCCGACGACCUGAUAGAACUUAUGAUGGAAGCCGGAGAAGAUGCUCAUGAUGAGAGGUUUUCUUUGGCUAUGGUGCUGCUCAUCGAGACAAUAUUUCUGCAUAGGUAUUCGAAGGCUAUGUUCCCCACAUCUAAUUUACAGAAAGCGCAACACAUGGAUGUCUUGCUGAAUCAUCAUUGGGGGAUAGAUGCUUACGAAAUACUGUUAAAAUCAGUGAAGAAGACUGUGGAGAACAGUCUAGAAAAGUCCAAGUACCCUCUGGACGGGUUCCCUUUUGCGCUUCACCUAUGGAUUAUGGAAUCCGUACCCAAGCUUCAGUCAGCUUUCUCUAUGAUUGACAAAACAGUCCCGCCCACAGCUUUUUUGUGUGUGAAAUAUCUUCACACAACAUCUCCUUCCAUCAAAGCUGUUUUGAGCAUAGAAGGUGAAAGCGAUGUGGAUUCCGUACACAUCCUUCCAAAAAUACAUGGUGACCUCGAAGACACCAUGUUUUUGCAAGACAAAGACGAUGAAAAUCUGCAUUCGCUUGUGGAUCUGUUAGAGAAAGGUUUCAGGCUGACACAUGAUCACUGGAAAAGAAAGAUUUUGAAGAGAGACGAUGCAUUGCAAUACAUUGCAUCGCAGUCAUAUCGCUAUCCCCAUUCAGAAAGAGCGAGACAAAACUCCAGACUACCUUCUUCAGACGAGUCAGUAGAGGCGAAGCUUGACCAGCUCAAGAAGAUAUUUAUAGAUGGACAGAGACAUAUCCGUUCUCGAUUAUCAAAGAUCGAGCAAAAGCUUGGCAUAUAUGAUCCUUCAGAUUCCAUUGAUGAGGAAGAUAUAUCUGAUGAUGUCUCACCUCCUGUGCACCAUGACACUGGUAUAUACCCAAUGGAGAAAGUACCUUCAAGAACAAAGACUGUUAAUAGAAGUGGUGUUGUUGAAACAAGCAAAGAAACUGAUAAGAUGAACGAUGAUGAGACAACUACGAGUAGCAAAGAACAGGAGGAAGCCCACACACAGAUGGAAAAGGAUGAGAGGACCUAA